AGCCGAGAUAAACUUCAAUUCAAUAACGACUUAAUUAGUUUUCUCCAUAUUAUUCUCUCCGUGUCUUUCAAAAUCCACAGUCGCUGAAUAUUCUGCUCCGUGAGUCGAACCACCUGUUCGUAUAGUGCAGUCUUGUUAAUAAUAAGGUUAUAAAGAGUGAAGAUGGGGAUCAAGGAUAAGAUCGUAUUGAUUACUGGUGCAGCAAACAGUAUUGGCUAUUCCACCGCCCAAGACCUUCUUCGGAAUGGAGCUGCCCAUAUAGCAAUUCUUGAUCUGCCAAAUUCAGGCGGUGAAAAAUCAGCGGCGAAUUUGAAUUCUGAAUUUGGCGAGAAUAAAGUCAUCUUCCUUCCCGUUGACGUCAUGAAAUCUAAAGAGUUUGAAGAUGGGUUCAAGAAGACCUAUGAGACUUUCAAGGGAUUGGAUAUCGUUAUCAACAAUGCUGGAAUUUCAGAUGACAGUAAUUGGGAAAAAAUGAAUGACAUCAACAUAAAUGGCGUGAUUCGUGGUAUUCUUUUGGGAUACGAUUAUUUGAGCAAGGAGAAAGGUCACAACGGCGGCACCAUUGUGAACAUUGCUUCCAUCGUUGGUCUCGACCCGAUUGUCACCGCUCCCUGUUACUCGGCAUCGAAAUGCGCCGUGAUUGGUCUCAGCAGAAGUUUCGGAGAUUCUUAUUACUACGAAAAAACCGGUGUGAGAAUUCUGACCAUGUGCCCAGGUGUCACCACUACUCCCCUGAUUUCGGAAGCCGCUAAAAAACUCUUGAGCUGGGUUCCCAGUGAAGAUGCACUAAAGGAACUCAAGACCUUACCGGUGCAAAAGGUAGACAACGUGUCACAAGGCAUGGUACACAUCCUAAAAAAUGCCAAAAACGGAACCAUCUGGGUAUCCGAAGGUGGAGAACCCGUUUACGAAGUUCGUAUUCCAGAACGACACACCCUCAAGGUUUCUCGUGAUGAUACCAAGGACCAAAAUAUGCAAAUUAAAGACAAAAAGGCUAUUAUCACUGGUGGCGUUAAUACCCUAGGCUUAGCCUUCGCCAGAGAAUUACUGCGCAAUGGCGCAGCGAUGGUUAUUCUAAUAGAUGAUCAAGAAAGUAUAGGACGCGUGGCCGCGGAAACGCUGAAUUCCGAAUUUGGAAAAAAUCGUGUAUUGUAUUUAAGCUGUGACGUGACGAAUUCGUCCCAAUUCGACAAAAUCUUCAAGGAAGCCACAACUGCUCUUGGAGGUUUAGACAUUUUAAUAAACAAUGCAGAAACAAUAAACGAAGUGACAUUCAACAAAGCUAUAGACGUCAACGUGACAGCAGUUUUUCGAGCUACCCUCUUAGGUAUCCAACAAAUGGGUAAGGACUUAGGCGGUAAGGGUGGAGUCAUCGUGAACGUAGCGUCGAUUCUCGGGCUCGACGGUUUCCCUUUACUUCCGGCUUACGCAACUGCCAAACACGCAGUCCUGAGUUUCAGUCGAUCCUUCGCGCAUACUUAUCAUUACCAAAGAAGCGGAGUAAGGGUGGUGGUGCUGUGUCCGGGUCUCACUGCAGGAUCGUCCAUAGAGAAUUUGAAUGCAGAGAACAUUGAGGAUUCCGAAGGUUUUGUGAAAGCUAUAGAAAAUUUUUCACCGCAGAGGGUGGAAAGCGUUGCUCAUGGCCUCGUUUAUAUGAUUAGAUGCGCUCAAAAUGGCAGCGUCUGGGUGAGCGAAAACAGCAAACCGGUGUACGAGAUACAAUUGCCAAAUACACUGCCAAGGAAAUGUGUGCAAGUGGAAGAUAUCUAGUGUACUAUUGUCGAUUCUUCUUUUUUUUUUUAUAUAUAAUUAAGCCCGGCAUUAUCAUUAAUAACGUCAAAUUUCAUUUGGUCCUGUCGCGUAGAAGAUUCAAGAGAGACACAGAUUAGGGGGCACCUUUAUCAUCUGACGCAAGCGUUGAUAAGCCCUGUAGUCAGAAUUUUUAUUUUGAUUUGACCCAUGCUGAAUGACCGACAAAAAUGCUCAAAUAUUGUGAUAGAUAAAUAAAUCAAAUUCUUCACUCGAAUAUCCAUUCUAAUUUAUGUCACAAAUAGUAGCGAAAUUUAAGGCUCAUUUUUUUAAAGUCUCCUAUAUCGUCGUUACUGGACGCUUUCAAAAUAAUACACGUAAGGGUAUAUAAAUAUAUUGUUAUCUAAUCUAUAAGAAAUAAAUGUAUACUUCGUUAAAGAGAAAA